CUGCCUUUCCCCACUUCUUCCUCUUUUUACUCUCUCUAUCUGCACUUCACUUCUGUGAGGUUUUUGAAAAACACUCUUUCUUUUCUGCUGUGUUGUUCAAAUGGCUAUGAUGAACAUUUCUGCGGCUUUUCGUUUACAUUUUCCUUCCUCUCCACGUUUCUCUAAUUACCCAGUAACUUCCUCUAAAAUGCCCUCCAACUCCUUGCCCUUUGCAUUGGCCUCUAGAAGGUGCUGCGGAGCUCUUCCCCUUCCCUCUUUCGCUCUCAAGAACAGACCUUGCGAAGCUGUUGGUAUAGCUGAAGACAGUGAAGAAGAAAUGGAGGAGCCCAGUGAGACUCUGUUGUACUCCUUCACUCCUCUGCCUCUGCUCUUUGUUGCUGCUCUUCCUGGAGCUGGAACUUUGAAGUCUCUAUUUGGGCCUUUCGUUGAGCUCGUGAAGUCAUGGAAUCUUCCAGACUGGCUUGUGCAUUGGGGUCACCCUGGUAACAUGGCUGUCGUACUCUUUGCCAUGGGUGGCUAUGGAACUUAUCUUGGUUUCCGAAUACGCUUUUCUAAUGACACGGGGGAGAAGGCGAAGGCCAAAGACUUGCACCCAAAACUUCUUGGAGGGAUGUUUUUCUUCUUUGCUUUAGGAGCUACUGGUGGAAUAACAGCCCUACUCACUUCAGAUAAACCAAUCUUUGAGAGUCCUCAUGCUAUCACUGGUUUCAUCGGCCUUUCCCUCUUGACCAUACAGACCAUAUUGCCAGCAUUGUUUGAGGGGAAUCCUGGAUUACGGAAUGUUCAUGGGAUCUUGGGUAGUGGAAUCAUGACACUCUUUCUUGUCCAUGCUGCCCUUGGACUUCAAUUAGGCCUCAGCUAUUAAUUAAUUCUUUUCUUCUUGCCUAGACUUGUAUCAGAGAAGUUCAGUUUUGAUUGUUAUGUACAUUCUUUCUGGAGCUGUGGGCUUUAGCUCCCAUUAAAGUAAAAAAAUUCAAUGUUGCAUGCCCUGGAAAAUAAAGAAAUGAUGAGCCACAGGCUAAAACAGUAUUGUCAGUGUUGUUAUGGUAGUAGUUUCACAUUUUUUCACUCACUUGUAUUAUUGAGAAAGAGAACAUCCAUGUGAGUGAGAAUGGGAUACCUGUUAGUAUGAGAAAAUGGAAUGUGGGAUUGGGGAUCACAAGGAAAACACAAAGCAGUGUUGAUGGGGACUGCUAAAUGAGAACUUAUUUGCUCUAUGAUUAUUUGUU